CUCACAGCUCCGGCCGCUCCGUCUCUUGAGAAGACUCAGCUGACUUUCCUAGAGCAGCCCCAGGAGAUUUUUCCUUUCCCGAGCCAACAUUAGGCAGAGGACAGAAGAAGGGGGGAAGCUGAACCCGAGCCAAGCCCUUUGCUGGCAAACCCUCGUCUCGGUGCUAAAACCUGCUCUGAGCCAGACCAGGCAGGGGAGGGACUUUGUUUUGUAGAGGCGAGGAGGAGGAAAAAAGAAACUUGAGACUUGGCUUCCCCCUGUGGCAUGUCCGUGCCCCGAACAUCCCCUCCCCACCCCGCCGGCUGUUAAAUGAGAGCACGUGAAGAACAUGAGGUUUCCUGCUUGAGCAGGGCGGGCAGUGCUGGACCGGGCGAGGGAGGAGGAGGAGGAGGAGGAAGGCGAGUUGUGGCUUUGUGGUGUGGUUUACACCGAGAUCAGAGCGAGAGCGCGCCUGGGGGUGGGAGCAGAAGGAGAGCAAGGGCGUCUGAUGCCAGCUGCCAACAUGACAGAAACCCUGCAGCUCCCAGCCCUGCAAGUGCCCGAGCAGCAGGGGCUGGAGGGCUGCGCCUGGUCCAGCUCGUCCACCCCGACCCUGCGCAGGAAGCGCUUCAAGAUGAGGCGGAUGAAGAACGUGCAGGAGCAGAGCCUGGAGGCCGGCAGGUACCAGGAUUCUCCUUCCUCCAGCAAGGAAUACCUGCAGCUCCCAUCCAUUGAGAUCACCCCCUCCAGUGACGAGGACACCCCCUGGUCCAACUGCUCCACACCCAGUGCUUCCCCGCGGCGCAAGCGCUUCCUCCUUCGGAAGUGGCUGCGCGUGAGAGAGAAGAAGGAGUGCAGUGAGAGCAGCAGCCAGCAGAGCAGCCAGCAAAGCAGCCACGAUGACGACUCAGCCCGGUUCCUGAGCCCCUUCCUGCGUGAGGACAGUACUGCCAGUAACUCCAACCGCAGCACUCCUGCCUGCUCCCCGAUCCUGCGCAAACGCUCCCGCUCCCCGACGCCGCAGGACGCCCCGGGAGACGCCAUGGUGGAGAAGGGCUCGGACCACUCCUCAGACAAAUCCCCUUCCACGCCGGAGCAGGGUGUCCAGCGGAGCUGUUCCUCCCAGUCAGGCCGCAGUGGGGCCAAGAACUCCAAGAAAAGCCAGAGUUGGUAUAAUGUGUUGAGUCCAACGUACAAACAACGGAAUGAGGAUUUCAGGAAACUCUUCAAGCAGCUCCCGGACACGGAGCGACUCAUCGUGGAUUACUCAUGUGCUCUCCAACGAGACAUCCUGCUGCAGGGCCGCCUCUACCUCUCGGAAAACUGGAUCUGCUUCUACAGCAACAUCUUCCGCUGGGAGACACUGCUGACCGUUCGCUUGAAGGACAUCUGCUCGAUGACCAAGGAGAAAACAGCCCGGCUCAUUCCCAAUGCCAUCCAAGUUUGCACUGACACUGAAAAGCACUUUUUUACUUCCUUUGGGGCUCGAGACAGGACGUACAUGAUGAUGUUCAGACUCUGGCAGAACGCUCUGCUUGACAAGCCUCUAUGUCCAAAGGAGCUCUGGCACUUUGUCCACCAGUGCUAUGGGAACGAGCUGGGUCUGACCAGUGAUGAUGAAGACUAUGUGCCUCCUGAUGAUGACUUCAACACAAUGGGCUACUGUGAGGAAAUCCCCGUGGAAGAGAACGAAGUCAACGACAGCUCCUCCAAGAGCAGCAUGGAGGCCAAGCCAGAAGCCAGCCCUCAGCUGCCAAAGAAAUCUGUCACUGCCAGCACCCUGACAUCCACGGGCAGCAGUGAAGCUCCGGCCUCGUUCGAUGGGGUGCUCCCAGAAGAGGAGGAGGCAGUGGCAGAGAGCCCUGUGGAAAAAGACCUGGGCAUUGCAAAUAUCAUGGGAGAGAAGAUGGACAUCAUUGGCCCUGUGAACUCCCCUUCCCUGGACUUCAAUGACAACGAAGACAUUCCCACUGAGCUCAGUGACUCCUCGGAGACCCACGAUGAAGGGGAAGUCCAGGCCUUUUACGAGGACCUGAAUGGCCGCCAGUACGUGAACGAGGUGUUCAACUUCAGCGUGGACAAGCUCUACGACCUGCUCUUCACAGACUCCCAGUUCCAGAGGGACUUCAUGGAGCAGCGCCGGUUCUCUGAUAUUAUCUUUAAUCCCUGGAAGAAGGAAGAAAAUGGCAAUCAGACCAGAGUGAUCCUGUAUACCAUUACCCUCACCAACCCUCUGGCCCCCAAAACUGCCACUGUCACAGAGACACAGACAAUGUACAAAGCCAGCCAGGAGAGCGAGUGCUAUGUCAUAGAUGCAGAGGUGCUAACCCACGACGUCCCCUACCACGAUUAUUUCUACACCAUCAACCGCUACACGUUGACUCGUGUUGCCAGAAACAAAAGCCGACUCAGGGUUUCCACGGAGUUACGUUACAGGAAGCAGCCUUGGGGGCUGGUGAAAUCCUUCAUUGAGAAGAAUUUUUGGAGUGGCCUGGAGGAUUAUUUCCGUCAUUUGGAGAGCGAGCUGGCCAAGACGGAGAGCACGUACCUGGCCGAGGUGCACAGACAAUCCCCCAAGGAGAAGGUGAGCAAGCAAUCCACGGUGCGGCGCCGGAAACGCGCCCACGCCCACCUGCGGGUGCCACACCUGGAGGAGGUGCUGAGCCCCGUCACCACCCCCACCGACGAGGAGGUGGCACACCGCAGCAAGCACGUGGCAGGUUCCACUCAGACACGGCACAUCCCCGAGGAAAGCCCCAGUGGCUUCCACCUGCAGAGUGUCUCCAAGCUGCUCCUUGUCAUCAGUUUUGUGAUCUGUUUCAGUCUGGUGCUGCUGGUCAUUCUCAACAUGAUGCUGUUCUACAAACUCUGGAUGUUGGAAUAUACUACACAGACCCUCACAGCGUGGCAGGGCUUGAGGCUGCAGGAGAGGUUGCCCCAGUCUCAGACAGAGUGGGCCCAGUUGCUGGAGUCCCAGCAGAAGUACCACGACUCGGAGCUGCAGAAGUGGCGGGAGAUCAUCAAAUCCUCCGUGAUGCUGCUGGACCAGAUGAAGGAUUCCCUAAUAAACCUUCAGAAUGGCAUCGGGUCCCGGGACUUCGGGUCAGAUCCAGAGGAGAAACGGAAACGUUUCCACUGACAGGCAGGAAUGCAGGAGGCCAGAGGACGGUGUGCAAUAUGUGUAAAUAGGAUAUAUAAAUAUAUAUAUAAAUAUAUAUAUAUAUAUACAGAAUAUAAAUAUAUAUAUUAUAUACAGAUUUUAAGAGAAAAAAAACAAAACAAAGCCUACGCAUCGAGGGGAAGGGUUUUGACCUCCAACACUGGCUGAACUGGAGUGUCUCUGGUAGUGGGGGUGUAUGUGUGUGUGUGUGGGAGGGCUGUGCUCUCCCAGCACUGAGCUGUGCUUAGGGCCGAGCCCAGGGCUGCUCCCUGGGCCCUGCACUGCUCCUCUGUAAUAUUGCUGGCUGUUUGUCUGUCUGUCUGUCUGUUUAGUUUUUGUUGUUCCAAAGGGAAGCAUCAGCGUGAGUGCCCCCCCCUCCCCAGCCCCCUCCCCGCAAAUGAGGGUCCCUGGUUGACUGUAUUUAUCUCUGCAUAAAAAGGGGACACUGUCAAACUUCCUGACCUUGCUGGCUUCAGGGCAGAGAGGGUUUGGCCAUGGCAGUCAACCCUUUGCAAAACUGUUCCCCCGUUUGGAGAGGAGGCCUCGGGGAGAGUUGCCCCAGGUCUGCAGAGAGCGGGUCUCCCUGGCAGUCACCUCCUGCACCCCUGGGUGCAGAAACACAGUUGGCUGUCCCAGGGGCCAGCCUGGUUUGGAGAGCAAAGCCCAGGAUGGAAAGGAGCUGAAAUCCUGUCCACAAGCACCAGUUUGCUGUUGGUGCAGCAGGAAGAGGCGAGGAGAGGGUGGGGAGGGGAGAACCUGCCCCCAAGGUGUGUGGGUGGAGCAGGGCCACCCCUGUGACAGUGUCCCCUUUACCUUGGCUGUAGUUCUCUGCUUUCCAUGUGCUUGGGCCCCUGCCAUUAAGCCAUCCCUGUGCUGAAAAUCUGCAUCUGUGCUGAACAGGCAGCUCCCCACAAGGGUGGGAGUACCCCAACUGAAAAAGAAACCCCAAAUUAGGAUUUAUGUGCAGCCACUACCCAGCUCAGCAAAUCUCUCUCCUGCCCCUGGUCUACAAGACCAUUUUGUUCGUAUCUUGUCUUAUAAAAUCUGUGGGAAAACAUUAGUGAGAAAAAUAACUUGAUUUCCUUCCCUGGGAUAAAUUUUUGUGGAUAAAUACAUGUUUGUGGCUAUGCAGCAACAGCCACCACUGUGGGUAUCUGUGACUGCAACUGUGUGCACCAAGGCUUCCAAAAACCCAGGAGAGGUCAGGAAGGGUCACAGGGACCAAAAAAAAAAAGGAGAAAAGAGAAAAGGGACCAUCAGUGGGUGCAGGAGAGAGCUGGGGGGUGUCCAUGGUGUGUGAGGCAUCUGAAGGUUUCUCUCAUAAGCAUUUGCUCUGUGAGUCAGUCAGGGGGUAGAGCUGCACUAAAAAGCCAAUAUGUAUUUGUAGUUGUUCUGGGGGAUAAUUCCAGGCUCUCAUGAGUAGCCCCAUGAGGAAGAGGGGCAGUGGGGCUGCCCUGUGCAGAGUCCCAGGCCCCACAGAGAUUGGUUGAGCUGGAGGCUGCUUGUGUGGGUGUUUAAUAAAUGCUUUUUCAUCUUGCCCAGCCAGGCAGAUUAGAUGACAUGUGAGGCCCUCCAUCUCCACCUUGUCCAACAGCAGGAUUUUCCCACCUUCUGAGUGGCAGCUGCAAGUUCCCAGUGUGGAAAUGGUGCAGCUGUAGCUCCUCUGUUGUCUCCAGUGGGCACUGAAAGGGCAGGGAACACAAGGGUGAGUCAUUGGUCUCAUGUAAACUCUCAUCCUCACAACUGGGUGACAAAGUGGCUUCUAAAACGCUCUCAAGCUCCCAGUUUCCAUUUAGGGAAAGGUAAUAUAUGUAGGAGUGACCAACCUGCUGCUUUCUCCCAACCUGCCUCCAAAUUCCAUGACCAAGUGCUAAACACAUGUCCCACAGAAGACUCACAUGGGAAGGAGUGUGGAUGAAGACAGGUUAUCAAAAAGACAUUUAAGACUGUGAAAGCAAGGUACAAUUGGGGAAAAACUAGAGAGUAACGUGUAUUUAUGACUAUUUAUUUAAUUUAAUGCUGCUGACUACUGUACUGCUCCCUGACUUUUUGCCAGGGAGGCUGCUGAAAUGGCUGCUCUGCAAUGACACUGAGGUGCUAGUGCCUGGGAAGGGCAUUCUGUGGCUCAUCUUGGGACAGGAGGGCCCUGACUCCCCACUGUGACUUGCCAGACUGUCCCAGAGUCCUGUUUCCCCCGUUACUCCCUCCCACAAUUGCUAAGCACAGAAAAUUCCCCUGCUGCCCAUCUUCCCCUUUUUCUAGACUUUAAUUUCAAGCACCAGGCAAGAGGACAGAGAGGAGGCCCUGUGGUUCACCUUGCCCAUGCCAGGAAAGGAAAAGGAACAUCCUGAAAGACAAAGCUGGGAUGUUGGGGUCUCUUCCACCUGGCUGGGAGGGGUUUGUCCUUAGGUGGAUUUGAUCAGUCAGGAGCAGAGAAACCCACCUGUCCCAGGGGGUCACGAGCAAGUGCUGCUGGUCAGGGUUGGUUUCUCACCAGUUUCACAUUCUCUUUAUAGUUAGGGAGGCAAGAAAUCCAUUCCCUCAUCAGUGCAUCCUUCCUCUGCAGCAUCCUUCCAGCUUUAGCCAUGGCUUUAGGCUUGGGUUGUUCCCUCUGACUCCCUCCUUCCCUCCCUCCAUCAGGCUGGGCCCCAGGGACAGCCUUGCACAAGCUCUGUUAAAUUAAUGUGAGGCUGCACUGGCAGCUGUAACAAUCUCAAGCACUAAUAUUUAUUCUACCUGCACAUCAGACUGGGUUUUUAACAUCUGACACCUCUCCUGACACACAACAACGUUAAACCCUUUUUUUCUGGGCACCAACCAGAACCUUGUACCUGCAGCAUCCUUCAGACAGAGGGAGGUUUGUCUUUGAGGCCUUAGGGUUCUUUUUCUCAAGAUUUCUAGUUAUUGGCUUUCUUUUUCCCACUUGGCUUGGAGUUGGAUAGGAUGCCUGAUCUUUUGUUGCCUCUUAAUUUAUCACAGUAAUAAUAAAAAAGGGGAAAAGCAAGGUCUUUUUCUUAAGGCAAAACCCACAAUGGCACUAAAGGUGAGGGCUCAAACAAAACUCAGAUUAAAGGUGAGGGCUUAAACAAAACCUGGGGGUAUUUUCACUUAGAUGCCUUUGUGUAGAAAGCUGUGACAGGAAUCACCUGCUCCUGAUCAGUCCCAGUUGACAGGUUAAUUCCUUCUGGAGCCAGAGACAGUUUGGGACCAUGAUUGUAUUUCCUGGAGAAAUCAGCAAUGCUUUUUAGGAGUGAGGUUGAGCAAACUGAAUAGUGUUCCAGGGGGUGAUACUUCCCUCAGCAUCACAGCCAAGUCAUAGCUUGGCUUCCACUGUCAGGAUGGAAGAAAUCCCACAUUUUUUGCCAGAAGUCUCACAUUAUUUUCGUAGCAGACACAUUUCCCUGCCCAACCCUCCCUCUGACCUUCCCACCCUGCACAUCUGCCAGGUGAGCACAGCUGGGGUUUGAUUUGCAGGAUAGGAACAAUAAAAAAACCAGGAGUUUUUAGAAAGGCAUUUCUCCAGCCAGGCAUGCAAACUAAUGCCAGCAGCUGGGAGCCCAAUUCCUGCCAAGUGAGAUGUUCCCUAAUGGGAGGAGGGAGAAGGGGGAGCAGGAGGCUUCAAUCUGCCAGUUUGGGUAUCUGUUUUUAUGGGAGAAGGGGCAUAACUCACUAAUCCUGGCUUGAUACGACCUCACCUCUGAUGAACACACACCUAAUGCUUACCUUGAAGGAGCUGUUGGGGUUAUGGCAUCUGGGAUGAGCUCAGGCUGGAUUUGAGGCCUGGAUAACUGCUGUGCAUUCCUACAGUAGAUACCAAGUGUAUCUAGUGCAGCACCUGUGUGUGGGGAGGACCAAAAGACAGGUUAUUCCAGGUGUAAGAUGCCCAAGACAGGGGCAGUGCUGGGGCUGCACGUUCCACUUAGGAGAGAAGAAGGUACCUGCAGUGGUAAGGAGAGGAGUGAGCUGUGGAUUAACAGGAUAACCAUGUUUUUGGGUGCUCUGCAGUUAGCUGAUAACCCCAGGCACGCUUCAGUCACAAAACUUUGAUAUUAAUUGAUAUUAACAUAUACCAACUUCUGCAUAAAUCCUUUCUGGCUCCCUCAAGUCCUUUGGGAGAAGAGAAAAAAAAAGAAGUCACGGGGCUUUGAUCUCCCCUAACACACCUGAACUGCUGCAUUUACACACAGCUCAGGCUGUGCCUGUCUGCUGGGUGACACCUGAGCCCUCUUGUCUGCUUUAGAUCUAAUAAAGACAAACCUCAGAGAUGUGCACCAUGCCUUUAGUGCAACAUGAGCCUGUAUUAAAAAGGGAAGGGUUUCAGAGCACGAAGCUUUGCUGGAUUUGAAGCCCUGGCACAAAACAGGCUCUGAAAUAAUGAUGCCUUGCAUUGGCAUAUCCCCUCUAGGAAAGCUGGAAUGCUGAUUUUGGAAUGCUGAUCUGGGUUCUUAUCAGGCAGACCCUGUUCAGCAGCUCAUCUGGGUGUAGAUGGGGACAGGCUUUUCAGCCUGCUUGCCUCCUCAGCACUGUCCAUGUGUCCUACAUAAGAAACUUUUUCUUACCUUUAUACAAGAAGGUAGAAAUUCCUUUUCCAGGUAGUGACUGGAGACACUUUUGGUCUGGGUACUUGAUCAAGACCUUUUGGAUUUGCUGCACUAACUGUUCUAACCAGGAGCACUCUGUCAGUCAGUGUGUGCUUUUCCCAGUGAGGACAGAAACAAACCACUUCCUCAUUCAGAGGUGGAACUUUCUGCUUCCACAGUGUGCAGAAAAUCAGUCUGAAAAAUUGCUGUUCGAAGGAACAGUGCCUGGCUCAGGGGGAAGCAAUUCCAUCCUGUUUUCCCAGCCAGCUGCUGUCAUCCCACAGCUCUUGACAGAUCCUUGCUCAACUCCAGGAGAUCUCCUGGUGGGAUCCCUGCCAGGGUUGCUGCCACGGACACGUUCCAUGGCGCAGUCACGUGGACUCUCUGACUUAGUCUUUUCAGCCAGUCUCAGCACUAGUUAAAUCUCCUGGCAGGGGCUUGCUCAACACAAAACUCGAAGCAGAGACUCUCAAACCAAAGCCCCCGAGGUGAGUGGCUCACAGAGCAGCUGUCUCAUGUAGUUCCUGUGAUGUUCCAGCCCGUCUCCCCCGGACACGCUCUGCUCUCUGUGCUUCAGUCUCCACAGCACGAGUCUCUCUGUGCCAUAAUACCUUCCUUUUUCUAGAUGUGCACACUAGCCAAAUAAUCUCCUCGUGUCUUGAUGGACUGCUGGUUGAGGCCAUUCCCUGAUCUAGGCAGACAGCAUGGGCUUAUCCCUUAGCAUGGGUACGUGGUGUGCCAUGCCCUCCUCUCCCACGUUUUGCAGUGCUUGCUAUGGCUUUUCCCUCUCCCCUCAAACCUCUGCUGCUGGACAAUCAUUCCCUGUGUCAUAGAUGGACUGACCUGGUGCUGUCCCUGCCUGCCUUUCCCUCCUGCAGUCUGUAUGCUCUUUAAGUGAAUGUGUUUUAAUUUUUAUUGUUUUUUUUCAGUAGGGAAAAGGACUUCCUUCUGCUGAAGGAAUUAUAUUUGCACAUGGCUCAGGGAGGUUCCUCCUCUGGCCGUUUCUGUUACCUCACUCAUUUAGGCCAAUUCCAUUGCUAACGUUAAAGGCCACCUUCCCCAUCCCAGACUCCCAGAAUAGUUAGGGAAUAAAACCAAUGUGCAGCUCAGGUUCUAGAGCCGUGUGGUGGUGUCUCCGUUUCGGAAUUGGGAUUCUGGAGAGCGGCUGUUACAAAACAGCAGCUUUCUCCAGCAGGGAGAGGGGUGGAGCCUGUGCCACAGGCGUCAUUCCCGUCUCCACGAGCCCACCUCCCGUGGAAUAGCACUUACAGAGCAGAGAUGGAGGCACUGACCUGGCUCUGGACACGGAGGGAGGGAGGAGCAGCAGAGCAGCACAACCGCCCAGGAGUGGCCUCGCGUGGCUGUGGCACCUCUGGGACGUCCCCAUUCCCGUGGCAGUUCGUCUCCCAUCACCUGCUCCAGGCCUGGAUAAAGCUGCUAAAAAACCUGGAGCGUGUCCUCCCCACCCGGACCCCUGAAUCGCUGUAACUGCAGACUAACGAGGGAGUGGGUCCUGCACUUCCCUCCUGGAAUUCGCCACCAGAGCCUGGGAACGGGGGGGGGGGGCUGGAGCACUGAGGUGUGAACUGUGGGGUGGGGGAAGGCCCCCAGUGGGUUUGUUUUAGGCGUGGUGUGACUGUCGGGACCUUUGCGCUGUGCGCAAACCGCGGUGAAACGCUGCUGGAAUGACCUGCUAGGACCUCUAGGAACUGUAAAGGCUCUGCAGCCAAACCUGGUGUAAGUAGCUAGUACAUGGAAGUACGGUAUCAAUUAAAAACUCUAUCAACCA